GGAUUCGGUGGCUCCCGGAGCGACCCUGCAGAAAGUCUACAAGCUGCUGCCUGUACUGGCCAACAACAGGGAGAGACGGGGCAUCGCGCUGGAUGGCAAACUGAAGCACGAAGACACCAACCUGGCAUCAUCAAGCAUUGUCAAGGAAGGUGUGCUGAAGGAAGUCAUGGGGAUCAUGGUUUCAUACAGAGUCAUGGUGAAGCUCAUCGUUGGAGGGAUGAUGGGAUCAAGUGAAGUCGGCCUGGAAGUUCCCUUCAAACUGAUGCAUCCUAAACCUGAUGCAGUGAAGGAGAGUGAGUUAGAGGAAGAGAUGGAGUUCCAGGAGUUCAAGCGCUCCUACCUGAAGGGCAUGGCCGAUGACGAGGACGAGGAUGGAAACGUGUCGGGUGGUGACGACAUGGCGCCCAAAGAGAAAUAGAGGAGAGAGUUGGCCAGAGUGACAGCAGCUGGAACAAAGACAGCUUGUUUGUGCUAGAAAAAGUUGAGACUUUAAAGACAUUAAAGGACCAUGUCUGUGAUUUUGCAUGUUUUUGCAACAGAAACAGCCUUCAUAUACCAUCAGUUUAUCUUUUUGUUAAAGAUUUUUUUCUAUUUAUUUGCACCUACGGAAUGACAGGAGCAAAACCCGACAAGAAAACCACCUCGGUACUGGAGUUCCUGUCACCUGGCUUUGUCAGUCUCGGGGAUGCCCCCAGUCUCACAAUGUUGUAGGCGUUUUUUUGUUGCAAGAGAAAAUGAAAAUUGCGAAAAUAGUUUUUGUUGUUCAGAAAGGAAAUUAAAAUUAUUGAUCAAAUUUGUGGAAAAUUAGAGGACUGUUUCAGGACUGUACUCGCAGACUGCAGUGUCUGUGAGUCUUAGGUAAUAAUAUUGAGACUAUUGUAGCUAACAUGCAAAACCUCUGAUAUGGUCCUUCAAUACACGAUGAAUCCCUGUGAAGUAAUUUGUAAGAAUCAUUUUUGUGCUUUUUAAGUUAGACAGCUAAUUGCUUCCUGCAUUUGUAAAUCUGAACUUCUCAUCUGUUCAUUGUCUACAUUGUCAACAAGUGGAUUGUGUGAUGUGGGAGAAAGCAAAGAAGACGAUUUAGUGAACUUUAAUUGCAUUUGAAUGUUGAGAAGAUCAGACAAAAUUGCAAGCUCUCAUAAAUAAUGUGCUGCUGCUCGCUCGACUCUGGAGGAAAUGAUCUGACUGAAUCGUCUGUUGUUUCGCUCAGAUUUACUGUAGAAACAUUUAUGUAGAAAGAUAAAAUGUAUUUGGCAUUUCAAGGAGAUGUGAUGCUCUGUGUGACUGUGCAGUUUCAACUUUGUGACAAUAAA